UCUGCUGAGCUCUUCUAAAGGACAACAACGAUAGAAAAGAUCUGGAUUUGCACUACUCCAUGGUUCCUUAGAGGCUGUUUCAGUUUUGCAAGAUGUCCCAGCUCCAGGAAAACAUCAAUGGCAUCGUUGCUGCUUUCUACAGGGGUGCCAGAAGCGAUGGCAACUGCAGCCCCCUGAGCAGGGAGGAGCUGAGGCAGCUCAUGGAGGAGCAGUUUGCUGAUGCAAUGGAGAACCCCCAGGACCCCAAAACUGUCAAGAAGGUGGUGUGCUUCCUGGAGGAUGACAGCAACUGCAGGGUUGACUUCACUGAGUUGCUCAGCCUGGUUUUCUGUGUGGCCAAAGCCUGUUACAAGCCACUCCAGCAGCACCAGAAACUUGAAGAUGGUCAAGAGCCCACAGGGCAAGAGAAGGCAGAGGGGGAGCAGCCAUCAGGGCCACAUGCAGUGGGGAAGGUGCCCUCCAACCAGGAGGUCCCUGAACAGGGUCAGGACACUGAGACACAGGAUGCAGACAGGCACCAAAGCCAGGAGGGUGAGACACCAGAGCACGACUGGGACCACCGUCAGGAUGAUGGGACUGAAGCACCAGAAGUGGAUCCAGAGAGAGGUGAAAUCUUGUACACUGCAACCCCAGAGCAGGAUAGAAAUAUUCAGAUGGCUGGAGAGGCUGAUACACCAAAACAAGACCCAAAAACCCAAGAAACUGAGGCACUAAGACAGGGUUUAAACCACCAUCAGAGCCCAGAGAUGGAGUCAGCAGAGCAAAACCUGAAUUGUCCCUCUGAGAUACAAGGAAGGGACCCAAACAAUGAGACUCAGGUCUGCAAGGCCCCUUGGCAGGACCCCAACCCUCACAAGACCCAGGAGCUUCCACUCCCAGAGCAGGGUCCAAGCCCCCAUGGAGAUACCAAGCCUUGGGGUACACACCAUACCCCAGCUUGCCAUCAGCUCCCUGAACCCAAAGUGCUGGAGCACAGUGGGGUAGAAGCUCUGGCUUGUCCAGCACGACAGCAACAACCUGCUCAUCACCAAAGACAACCUGCUAUGGAGCAGCAGCUCCUGCAGUCCCUGUACCAGUGGCCACCACAGCAGUAA